AUGUCAACUCUAGAGGAUCUCGAUGAUCUUGAGCGUGAAGACAGGGACAAGAAGGACCAGGGUGAUGAUAAGGGGGAAAAAAAAGACCGGGAUGGUGAUGCUGAAAUGAAAGAUUCAGAAGAAUGCAAGAAGGAGGAAGAGGAAGAAGUGUUAAUAGACGAUGAAAUCCUGCGAUCAAGUACCAGAGAUAUCAUCAAUCGACGGAAACUGCUAGAGAAUGACAUGAGAGUCAUGAAGAGCGAGUUCCAGCGUUUGUCACAUGAGCAGAAUACGAUGCAGGAGAAAAUAAAGGAUAACAUGGAUAAGAUUGAGAAUAACCGACAACUACCAUAUCUCGUAGGCAACGUUGUUGAACUCCUUGAUCUUGAUGUUGAAAAAGAAGCUGCAGAGGAGGGUGCCAAUAUUGACCUGGACGCCACUCGGGUUGGAAAAUCUGCUGUUAUCAAGACUUCGACCCGCCAAACUAUCUUCCUCCCCCUCAUCGGCCUUGUCGACCAUGAGAAGUUGAAACCAGGCGACCUCAUCGGUGUUAAUAAGGAUUCAUACCUUGUAUUGGAUACUCUACCAGCUGAAUAUGACAGUAGGGUGAAAGCCAUGGAAGUUGACGAGAAGCCAACAGAGAAGUAUACCGACGUUGGAGGAUUGGAUAAGCAAAUCGAGGAGCUUGUUGAGGCAGUGGUAUGGCCGAUGAAAGAGGCUGAGCGGUUCAAGAAUAUUGGUAUCAAAGCACCAAAAGGAGCCCUCAUGUAUGGCCCGCCCGGCACAGGUAAAACUCUUCUUGCCCGUGCCUGCGCUGCUCAAACAAACGCCACCUUCCUCAAACUCGCCGGGCCACAGCUUGUCCAGAUGUUCAUCGGAGACGGCGCGAAACUUGUCCGUGACUGCUUUGCCUUAGCCAAAGAAAAGGCUCCGUCAAUUAUCUUUAUCGACGAACUUGACGCUAUAGGUACAAAACGCUUCGACUCGGAAAAGUCCGGUGACCGCGAGGUCCAGCGAACUAUGCUCGAACUCCUCAACCAACUGGAUGGCUUCGCCUCUGACGACCGCGUCAAGGUGCUUGCUGCUACGAAUCGUAUAGAUGUGCUUGAUCCAGCCCUCUUGCGCUCGGGUCGUCUGGAUCGCAAGAUUGAAUUUCCUCUCCCGAACGAGGAAGCUCGCGCUCAGAUCUUACGCAUUCAUUCCCGUAAGAUGGCUGUCGACGACGGCGUAAACUGGGCCGAACUGGCGCGGAGUACAGAUGAGUUUGGUGGUGCGCAGUUGAAGGCUGUGUGUGUGGAAGCUGGAAUGAUCGCCUUGCGAAAGGGAAUGAAUAAGGUUGGCCAUGAGCAUUACGUUGAUGCCAUUGCUGAGGUGAUGGCGAAGAAGAAGGAUUCAAGCACAGGCAUCUAUGUCUGA